AUGAGCCUAAACCUCAUUUGGUUCUGGACAGUAUUCACCUUUCUGUUUCUGUUUUUGCUAAUGACCAAUUCCGAAUCAGAAAAUGUCCGAAAAGUCCUUGUCACCUUCAUGCAUAAACUUGAACCACCUCAUCAGAAUUCCAUAUCGGGUUGGAACCUCACAUCAGAUCCUUGCACGCAUAACUGGCAAGGAGUAACUUGCUACACAAGCAACCAAUACAUUAAAAGCAUAGUUCUUGAAAAUCUCAACUUCACCGGUGUUCUAGACGCGACUUCUCUUUGCAUUGCCAACAAUCUUCAAUUCCUCAGCCUCAACAACAAUUACUUACAUGGUUUUAUAUCCAAGGAUAUAAAAAACUGCAAGUCCUUGACACACUUGCUUCUUAGUGGUAACGAAUUCUCUGGCAAUCUUCCUCUUUCCAUUCCUCAACUACGGAACCUCAAGCGCCUUCAUGUGUCCAACAACCACUUCACCGGAAACCUUCCGAAUAUGGUUAAUGUUACAAGCUUGAUAUCCUUUCUAGCUCAAAACAACAACUUCACUGGUCAGAUUCCAGAUUUUGAUUUCUCAAACUUUGAAGCUUUUAAUGUCUCUAACAACAAUUUGCGCGGUUCUGUUCCUGAUGUUGAAGGUUUUUUUAGUGCAGAUAGUUUUUAUGGUAAUCCUAAUUUAUGUGGAAAACCAAUUUCAAACUCUUCAUGUCCAUCACCACCUCCACGGCCUCCUCCUCCAAUUGUUAAGAAAGACAAAAGUAAAAAUGCAUUUAUCGAUGAUUUGCUAAUCUAUUCAGGUUACAUAGCUCUUGGUUUAAUUUUCAUUAUUUUCUUGAUCUUCAAGUUGGUAAAAAAAUUAAAAACCAAAGAUAAAGAAAAAGUGUUAAAUCAUGGUGAAAAGAAGGACAUGUCACAAGACAUUAGUUUUGUUGGUGGUGGUGAAAAGCUUAGUGAGAUACUGAAUUCCAAUGGAUCAAAGAGUUGGUUCAAUGGCCUUGGAAUAAAAUCGGAGUAUUCUAUGACAUCUAUGGAAAGUGGAGUGACUACUUCAGGUCUUGUUCUUCUUUCAAGUAGAAAACUUAGGGGAUUGCAGUUUGAGGAUUUGUUAAGUGCUCCUGCUGAAUUGAUUAGGCGAGGAAAACACGGAAGCCUCUACAAGGUUAUGCUAGAUUAUGGAGUGCUUUUGGCUGUUAAGAGGAUCAAGGAUUGGGGAAUUUCGAAGCAUGAUUUUGAGAGAAGGAUGAACUUGAUAGCUCAAGUGAAGCAUCCUCUUGUUAUGUCACCGGUGGCGUACUAUUGCUCUCAGCAAGAGAAGCUUCUGGCUUAUGAAUAUCUUCCUAAUGGUAGCCUCUUCAUGUUGCUCUAUGGAUCUCAAAGUGGACACUCUCUUGACUGGAGGAGCAGACUAGAUGUUGCUGUAAAGAUAGCUGAAGCUAUGGCCUAUAUGCAUGAGGAGCUUGGUGAGAGUGGAAUAGCACAUGGUAACUUAAAAUCAAGUAACAUUCUGUUUGACAAGAAAAUGAAUCCGCAAAUAAGUGAAUAUGGUCUAAUGGUGGCGGAAAACCGAGGAGUGAUUUCUCAUAGAAAAAGCCUCGGAAACAGAAAUAUGUCUGCAGCAGCCACCUUCAGAGGCGAUAUAUAUGCAUAUGGUGUCAUACUUCUCGAACUCCUGACGGGGAAGGUAGUUAAAAAUGAUGGAUUUGAUCUGGUUAAAUGGGUGAAUUCGGUGAUCAGUGAGGAAUGGACGGCAGAAGUUUUUGACAGGUGCUUAAACUCACAAGGUGCUUCAGAAGAGAGGAUGGUGAACUUGUUGCAGGUGGCGUUGAAAUGCAUAAAUCCUUCUCCAAAUGAUAAGCUAAGUAUGAGUCAAGUGGCACUCAUCAUAAAUGCGUUGAAAGAUGAAGACGACAAAUCCAUAUCUUUUGAGACAUGA